AUGGCCCGUUGGGAGAGUUUACGGCGCGUAUCGCAUAAAGCAAUAAGAUCUAAAGAAUUACCUACACUUGUGAACCAUUCCGUUAAACGUAUGAUAGACCAAAUGAUUGACCGCGAGGGUACUGAUCGACCAUUUUCACCCAUGUUAUUUGAUAUAGAGCAGACUGAAUUGCGCAAGUUUAAAUACAUCUCUACUGAUUUUCUAACUGACCUGGGUAACUCUCUGUAUCUAUACGAGUUUAUACCAGUGAUUCGUUAUUUUAUGGCCAACCCAUUGAUUAAAUACAAGCGCUAUUUUAAGGAAUUGCUAGCUUAUACUCGAGAGAUAUAUAUUAAACAUGAUAAAACACAUGAUCCAAACAAUUUGCGAGAUUUUUGUGAUAUACUUAUCGCCGCCAAACACGAGGCCAUUGCUGAUGACAAACAGACGGCACCCUAUUUUACCGACGAUAAUUUACCAGUCGCUCUAAUUGAAUUGUUUUCGGGCAACUUUUUAUGGAAGAUGCGAACGGGCACUGAAACUACUCAAACAUUAUUUCAAUGGAUAUUAUUAUAUAUUGCUGUUUAUCCGGAUUACCAAGAUAAACUACGCGACGAAAUAAGCAUGGAGAUUAGUGAUCGAGUGCCUGUAAUUCAGGACAAAUUAAUACUAUGUUAUAAUAUGGCAUUUGUGAUGGAAAUGUUGCGCUUUAGAAAUCCCACACCUCUAAGCCUAUUUCAUAAGGCAUUUGUAGAUUGUAAACUAGGUCCGUAUAACAUACCCAAAAGCACCCAGGUCGUACUGCACCAGGCUGGUAUUCUUAUGAAUGAAAAAUACUGGCCCGAGCCAAACCAAUUUAAGCCCGAACGAUUUCUGGAC